AAAAAGGAUAAAAAGAGAGAGAGAGUGGAGAGGGCGAGAGAGGGGAGGGCAGGGCAGGGCAGAGCAGGCGGCCGCAGCAGAUGUUUUUGUGUACAAAGAAAGAGAAACCGAGCGGAUAGCCGUACAAUACCAAUACCCAUUUCAACACACAACUCCAUCCAAACUUUUAAGCUAACAUUUCAUUUCCCUUUUUCACGAAGCCCAAUUUAUUAGGUCACUCCAGAUUCUAAGCAGAAGGUGGGUUAGUGAGUAGGACUCUGUUUUGCAUGGGUGACGAUGCCAGAAUUGCGGAGCGGAGCACGGAGAUCAAAACGGCUUGGUGAUCUCCAGCCUGCCCCUCAGACUGCUAAUCAAGAAGAAAAAUUUCUUGCACCUGCUCAGACUAGAACCAGAAGGAGAGGACGAGGGAGAGGCAAUGCAGCUGCCGUAGCAAAAGGGCCUUCUGCAGCAACACCCGCUAGGCCUACUGCUGCUGGUAGAGGCAGGGGGGUCAGGUUAAUAGAUUUAGACCCAGAGCCACCACGUGAGGUUCUUCCUCCAACUGUUGGCCUGGUGGCUGCCGAACCAGCAUUUAAUAGAAUAGAGGGCGUUGCUAAUAAGGAAAUUCCCAUGGAAGGCGGGAGUGGGGAUAAAAUAAUGGGAGUUGAAGAAGAUGCAAGUACAACUCCAGUACCUGAGAGGGUACAAGUGGGUAAUUCUCCCGUGUAUAAGACAGAAAGGAAAUUAGGUAAGGGUGGAUUUGGCCAAGUUUAUGUAGGCAGAAGGGUAAGUGGUGGAACUGAAAGAACGGGUCCUGAUGCAAUCGAGGUUGCAUUGAAGUGUGAACAUCGAAGUAGUAAGGGCUGCAAUUAUGGCCCCCCAUAUGAGUGGCAGGUGUACAACACCCUGAAUGGAUGUUAUGGUAUCCCUUGGGUUCACUACAAGGGCCGACAAGGAGAUUUUUACAUCCUGGUCAUGGACAUGCUUGGACCCAGUCUAUGGGACGUUUGGAAUUCUUUGGGCCAGUCGAUGUCUCCAAAUAUGGCUGCUUGCAUUGCUGUGGAGGCUAUAUCAAUUCUUGAAAAGCUUCACAUGAAGGGAUUUGUUCAUGGAGAUGUCAAGCCAGAGAACUUUUUACUUGGUCAGCCUGGAACUGCUGAUGAGAAAAAGCUAUAUCUUAUUGAUCUUGGUUUGGCUUCUAGGUGGAAAAAUGCAUCAUCUGGUCAGCAUGUCGAGUAUGAUCAAAGGCCUGAUAUAUUCAGAGGCACUAUAAGGUAUGCAAGCGUGCAUGCACAUUUGGGUCGCACAGGAAGCAGGAGGGACGAUCUUGAAUCGCUGGCGUAUACCCUGAUAUUUCUCAUAAAGGGAAGGUUACCAUGGCAAGGCUAUCAGGGUGAUAAUAAGAGUUUUCUAGUCUGUAAAAAGAAAAUGUCCACUUCUCCGGAGUUGAUGUGCUGCUUUUGCCCUGCUCCAUUCAAACAGUUCCUUGAGGCUGUUACUAAUAUGAAGUUUGAUGAAGAGCCAAAUUAUUCUAAGCUGAUAUCACUUUUUGAAAAUCUUAUCGAACCAUGCUCGAACAUGAGACCGAUAAGAAUUGAUGGAGCUCUGAAGGUUGGGCAAAAGCGCGGAAGGUUGCUUAUAAACUUGGAUGAGGAUGAGCAGCCAAAGAAGAAAGUACGGCUGGGAAGUCCUGCUACUCAGUGGAUUUCAGUGUAUAAUGCACGACGUCCCAUGAAACAAAGAUACCACUACAAUGUUGCAGACUCCAGGCUCUGUCAGCAUGUAGAGAAGGGUAAUGAAGAUGGUUUAUAUAUUAGCUGCGUGGCUUCAGCAGCAAAUCUUUGGGCCUUGAUCAUGGAUGCUGGAACUGGUUUCAAUUCGCAGGUGUAUGAGCUUUCAGCUGUCUUUCUUCAUAAGGAUUGGAUCAUGGAACAAUGGGAAAAAAACUAUUACAUUAGUUCUAUAGCUGGUGCAGCUAAUGGAAGUUCACUGGUUGUUAUGUCUAAAGGAACUCCUUACACCCAACAGUCUUAUAAAGUUAGUGAAUCAUUUCCUUUCAAGUGGAUCAACAAAAAGUGGAAAGAAGGUUUCCAUGUCACAUCCAUGACUACUGCUGGCAGUCGUUGGGGUGUUGUAAUGUCUAGAAACUCGGGAUAUUCUGAACAGGUUGUGGAGCUCGAUUUUCUUUAUCCAAGUGAGGGAAUACAUCGCAGAUGGGAAAAUGGUUAUAGAAUUACCUCGAUGGCCGCAACUGGUGAUCAAGCAGCUUUCAUACUUAGUAUACCGAGACGAAAAAUGAUUGAUGAGACUCAGGAAACCCUUCGGACAUCCGCCUUCCCUAGUACCCAUGUAAAGGAGAAGUGGUCCAAGAACCUCUACAUUGCAUCAAUAUGUUAUGGUCGCACUGUUUGCUGAAGCUGUAUGUAUAAUCUUCUUGAAGAUCCGGAGCUAAAAAAUUUUGAAAGCUGAGAUUAUCUGUCUCAGAUUUCAAGUACAUUGGGUGAUUUCUAUCGUAUUUCUUAUCCAGAAACUGUGUUUUUUGCCCAAAAGCUUUCUUCUCACGCUUCUGUAAAAAUGACAUGGGGAGCAACACAGAAGUUAUCAACACAUGGCCUGAAAUGAACAUGAGUUGGCUGACGUUAAAAAUAUGGGGUCCUAUGUAAGCUGACAGUGGGUACUUGGCAAGGCAUAGAGCGACAUCCAUAUAAGCUUGCUGUUUACACUAAAAAUUUGUAUAAUGGGAUUCAAGUGUUUAUUACAUUCAGUACUGUGGUUGGUUCGCAAGGUGGUUUCAUUGAAAACAGCAAAUAGUCCUAUGAUGGAUGCAGUUGAGAGCAUUUCGUGUUUGUUACUGGAACUUGGCUUAGGAAUUGUGGUUUGUAGUCAAUG